UAAUAAAUACGUUUAACUUAUAUGAAAAUUAAAAUGACAUCUACAUUAAGAAUAAUAAAGAACAAAAUAAUACAAAAUAAAUAAUAUGUAUGUACAUACACUUUUUUACAUGCGAAAAGUUUUAGCGAUUCUGAACUUAAAUCGGGAAGAGAAAUUUUUUUCGUAAGUUGAAAAGCGCAAGAACUGGGUCAGUAGUAAAAGUUUAAACGUUAAAAAUUCACCAUCUUUAAAAUUGCGUCGGGUGCAUCAAUUGUUUUUUUUUUAUUUCCCUUCGUUUUAUUCAUUUUUAUUAAUUCUUUUUUACAUUAUAAGAUAAAAAGGAUAUAAUUCAUAUGUAUAGCUUUCAAAAGUUUUAUAAUUUUUUGUUAACAAUAUUAAAAUAAGAAUAAUGGAAUAGAAAACGAAAAAAAAACAUUUCUUUUUGGUUACGAGUAGUAGGCAUAAAAAGACUAUAUUUUUUGAGCAUUUUUAUAAUAAUUAAAAAACUUAAUUAACAAAUUAAAAAGAAAUGUAAUAUAAGAAAACAUUUACACAUAUAUUUAAAGCAUAUUAAAUAACAAACAAAACGAAAAGGAAACAUUUUGAAAAGUGUAUUAAAAAUAAUUUUUUUAAGAUUAAAAUCACAUGUGUAUAUGUUUUUAAGAACCGGCAAAUAAUCCGCUUAAAUUAUGUGCUAUUAAAAUUACAAUGUAAUAUAUAAAAAUAAAUAAAAUAAAAAGUAUUCACUUUUAUAAUUACAAAAAAAAAUGCAUAAAUAAAGAAAAAAUGUUAAAUAUGUCCGUUUAAGUAACGAGGAAAAAAUUACUUAUCUAAAAAAAAUUGAUACAUGUAUACUCAAAGAAUAAUAUUAUUGAACCCAAAAUAUGUGUAUUCCUUCGUGGAAAUUUAUUAUGUUAUUUUAAGACUCCAGAUCAUUCAAAACUAGUUUAAACCAUUCAAAAACUAAUUUUAAAAAUUGAAAAUUUUAUAUGGUAUGCAAAUUUUAGUUUUCGAUUCUAUAUUUCGAUAUUACAAGAACAUUUAUUUUUGGAAAAGCUCUCAAUUAAAAUUGUAUUGAAAAAAAACAGGAAAUAUACGUGCAAAUCCAGAAUAAAAAGUCACAGAAUAAACAAAACUUACAAAGAUUUAAUAUUUAGUUUUAAUUUCUACAUGUGUGAAAACCAUAUUAGAAAUGCAGCACCAUCACCAUAUACUUCGACAACAACAACAAAACCAAACACAACUCCAACAACAACAUCAACAGCAGCAACAACAAGUACUACAACAACCACAACAGCGGCGGCAGCAGCAACAUCAAUUUCAACAUCAAUUUCAACAUCAGAUCACUCAGGAACACCAAACACAUUCAGAAAAGCAUCUACAACAAUAUCGAACGCAAAAGAAUUUUCAUCAGCGAAAUAUGGAUAAUAAUAAUCCAAAAAUUAUUAAUAAUAAUCACAAUCAAACUGUAACGCAAAACCAUAGAUCACAACUUAAUCGAAACUCAACCCCGCCGACCGAUGAUGAAGAUAUUAAAGACUAUGAUGUUACACGUAUGCGUGAAGAAGAUUUUGAGCGUUUGACGGUAUAUAUUGUUCCAGAUGUACAUUGUGAAAGAGGUAUUAAAAAUAGAGCAGAAAAAACUUUACCAAGAAGUUUAACUUUAAAACCAUCGGUAGUUGAACCAAAUGUAAAGACUGAAGGUGUAUGGAGUACUGGAGUAAUACCAAGAGGUACAAGGUUUGGCCCAUUCGAAGGUGUACCCACGCCGAAUUAUCCUCUUGAUAAAAAUGCUGCAAGAUAUUUUUGGCGAGUGCAGGGAACAAGACACAUUACUUAUGGAAACAUUAAGAUAUUCAAGGAUGAUGAUUACUAUUAUUUAGAUGGCUCCGACUGUUCACAAUCUAAUUGGAUGCGUUACGUGGGUUGUGCUUAUAGUUUAUCUGUUAUGAAUUUAGUUGCUUGCCAACAUCAAGAAAAUAUAUAUUUUUAUACAAUACGUGACAUAAUGCCGAGUGAGGAACUCAUGGUAUGGUAUUGUAAAGACUUUGCAAAAAGAUUAGGCUAUGACGUAGAUCCUGAAAGAACGACAUAUAGCAUUUGUAAAGAGGAAACUUUAAAAAAACAUUAUACAAAUUUAACAACGCCACAAAUAUCGCCAGAAGUUGCGUAUAAUCAUAUAACAUAUGUUAUGGGUUUACACAUUCCCACAAGGAGAUCACUAACACCAAGUCCAUCACCACCACAUACUCUAAAUAACCAUCAAAAUAUUCAAAUUCUUUCAACUUCAAGUCAAGAACCCUUCACUGAAAAUAGGCAACAAUCAUCACAACAACCAACACAACAGCAACAAUCUCAGCAACAUACAUGUCUUCUAUCUGAUGCACUACAACCACCACACCAGCAACAGUAUCAACAACAAUUGAAUUUAAAACAUUGUCAUCGUACUGUAGUCCAUUUAAGAUCUGAAAAUAGCAAUGUAAAUUACAAUAAUAGUAUUAAUAGUGAAAAUCAAAAUAUUAACGACACGAAAUCAACUAUAAUUGCAAAUGAGGCUGAAUCAAAAAUACAGAUGAUUGUACGAGAUCAAUCACCAACUGUUGUUUCUUCCAAUACUCAUCAACAACAUACGCAAAUUAAUCGGGAAGUAAGUAAGGAAAGCAACGAUAUCAGCAUUGUAGAAUCGCCGAUUUCAUCGCAUAAGGAUGCGCAUUUUGAUGAUGCACAUUCCUUGACACCAAACGAUGGUUCUGUCCGUUCUGAUGAAGGUUAUCAUAGUAAUGAAUAUCAUGAAGAUGCUUUGACUCCCCCAGAAGAUUCUAGUGAUAGUGACAGUGAACAUAAUUAUGUUCUAGACUGUUCAAAAAAAGCCAUUGAACCCAAAGAGACUGCAAUCACUCAGAAAUUAUUAACAGAUUGUGAUAAUAAGAACGAAUACCGUAAAGUUAAAAUGAAAAUGCCACUAAAGUAUGAGUUUAAAAAUAAGACAAUUAAGACUGAAUGUGAAAAAGAUACCACCACUAGUAAUAAUACAACGACUGCAAAAGAAUUUUGUGUUAAUAGUAAAACAGUAGAUGUAAUACAUCAAACUAAUAAUAUCACUAAAACUAAAUCAGAACAUAUUAAUUCAAAUGCAGAAAAUUCUGCAGAAAAAGUUAAAUUAAAUAGCAUGAUAGUAACGCCACUUAUUUCAAGUUCCACGAACAAUAUAAACCAAGUUAUUGAAACCGAAGUUAAUUCUGAAAUGCUAGAAGAAAGGUCAUCAGUUUUAAUGACAUCCAAUAUUCAUACAACGACAAAUAGUGUAAUUGUUUUAGAUGGAAACCAAUCCACAGCUCACAGUUCCCAUUAUGAUCAACAACAUAAUGUUGUCUCAUAUGGUAAACAGUUUUACGAAUCUGAGACAGUAUCACCGCCUCCUCCUGAAGCUUCAUUAUCGUUAACGCAACAAGUACCUUAUGCAAGAUUUUCUCCUCCAACUUCAAGUAUUUUGGAAACUAUAUUAACCACUGGUAAUCGUAUCACAAAUAAUCAAGAAAUUGCUAAACAGCAACAAAAUGCUGCUACUCCACCACCUACUUCUCCUACGGAAAUGGCUUAUUCAUAUAAAAAAUCGCAUAGAUAUGGUAACGUAGUAAGCCCUGACUCAAGCUCUAAUCAUAUAGUUCUAAAUCAAGAAAUAUGUGAAUCCCAUAUAAUUUUGAAUGGAAGCAGUAGUAAAGAAACACAAAUCUCAAAUUCUGUUUCGCAGCAAACAAAUAUUUUCUCACCAAAUUACCAAACACGAUCAAAUAAUCAUUCACAUAACGAAUACCAAGAAGUGAUUUGCCGUCAAUCACCUUCGUAUUCCACAUAUAAUUAUUCAUCUAAUAGUCCAGCAGAUUUACAUAAUAUUGCAGCACAACACACACCAACAUCUACUUAUUCUCCACCACAUAACAGCAGUGGUUAUGAUCGAAUUUCCGCUAAUCAAAAUUAUGCGAUGCGAAAUUCUCCUACAAGCUUACAUCAAUUGCAAAAUAAUCAGCAUUUAUUAAAUCAUAGUUUAAUGCAACCACUGACCCCGCUUGUGACAAAUUUAUCUCCUUUACGUAAUGGACCAAUUUCGCCAUCUUGUAGCUUGAGUCCUGACGGAAAUUCUUGUACAAGGAGCGGCAGCCCAAUGAGUCCAGAAUCUCAUGGUUCCAGAGGGUACAGAUCCUUACCUUACCCUCUCAAAAAGAAAGAUGGCAAAAUGCAUUACGAAUGUAAUGUUUGUUGUAAGACUUUUGGACAACUUUCAAAUUUAAAAGUACAUCUGCGUACUCAUUCUGGAGAGAGGCCUUUUAAAUGUAACGUUUGUACUAAAUCAUUUACACAAUUGGCACAUUUGCAAAAGCAUCAUCUAGUGCACACAGGGGAAAAACCUCAUCAAUGUGAAAUUUGUAAAAAGCGAUUCUCAUCAACUUCCAAUCUAAAAACACAUUUAAGAUUACAUAGUGGUCAAAAACCUUAUGCUUGUGAUUUAUGUCCGCAAAAGUUUACACAAUUUGUUCAUCUGAAAUUACAUAAACGAUUACAUACAAAUGACAGACCUUAUGUUUGCCAAGGUUGUGACAAAAAAUAUAUAAGUGCCUCAGGUUUGAGGACACAUUGGAAAACAACAAGUUGUAAACCAAAUAAUUUAGAAGAAGAACUUGCUAUGGCUGCUGCUGCCACAUCUGAGUGUUUGAGUCCUGAUAAAGAACCAACGGAACCAGAUUCUCGAGAAUCUUAUGAAAUCCAAACGCAUUCUCAAUCUCAUACCCAUUUAAGGCAGGCAACAAUUAACGCACAAAAUUCUUCACAACAACACAAUUCUGCUGAAUUACAUCAGCCGCAUCAAGUGCAUCAGCAACAAAUAGCACAACAGCAAUCCCAGCAAAUUCAACAAAUAUUACAACAUUCACAUCAUUCUACAGCAAUAAUUGUUAAUCAAAAUCAUCAUCUUUCGCAACAAGAACAACCGCAACAAUUACAUCAACAUCAUCAUCAACAAGUUCUUGCACAACAAAUAACACAAAAUCAUAAUGAUAUACAUAAAACAGAUAUGUCAAAGGUUGUUACUAAAAUAUCUAAUCCGCACGUUAUUGUAGGCCAAUCAUCAAAUUCAUCUUCGGAACAAAAUUUUGGUAUAUCAUUAGCAAUUUCAAACGCACAUCCGCAUCUAAAUACACAGCAUACAGAGAGUAGACCAAGUGUAAUAGAAUCAAAUCAACCAAUGGUUAUAGAGUGUACGUAGAAAACAUUAUGCAUAAAAAUGUGCAUAUCUUAAUGAAAGAAAUUUUACAUGCAUAGUUAAUCUAUAGCAGAGCAAUAUAUUAAUUUUUGGAAUUUGUAUACUCUAUAUUAGUCAUUCGAAUAUUAAUUAUAUAAUAUUGAAAAAUGAUUAUAAGAUGUAAACAAUGAUUUCAAUAUCAAAAUACUAAUUGUCAUAAUGAAUUGAAACUAUAUUAUUAUAAUCUACUCUAUAUUAAUACUUAAAAAAUUAUCUAAAUGUGUUAUAUAAGUAUAGAAUAUGAACUUUAACUACAAAGAAGUAUUCUCAUAAAUUUAUUUUUUAGAAAGAUAAAUAACACGAACACAAAAUAUAUUUAAGUACGCGAAUUAAUUUGAAAGAUGAUUAAGAAAAACUUUCUUGAACUAAAAGCAUUUUAAAAUAACAAGUAAAACGUACAAUGUAUUAUGCCUACUUUUAUUAUUUUUAUAAAAAUGAAAACCAUUGAAACUAUAUAACAAAAAAUGAAAUAAUAAUUAACUUUGUAAGUUAAAUAUUAGAAUUAAAAACAAGUCAAUAUGACAAUGAUUAAAUUAAUUGAGCCGAGAUUUUCUGAAAUUGUUCAUAUUUUAGACACAAAUUUGUUUUUACUUUUUAAAUCUAACUGGGCUUUUUAAAAAAUAUUAAUAUGUAUAUGAUAAUUGUGUUCGCAUUUAUAGCAAUAUUGUUAAAAAAAUAUUCACGUACAUUUCCUUUGAUUAAAAUCUCCUACUUGCUUUUUAUUGUUUAACCAACUCUAAACACUUAUUUUUAAAAUUUACCCAAAAAAUUCUUUAUUUAUAGUGAAAAAAAAUAAAAGAGCAAAAAUAAAACCUAAACAUAUUUUCCUAAAAUUAGUAAUAUAAAGAAACAAAAAACAAAUGGUAAAAAAUUUAAAUGCUAAGAAAUAAAUUAACAUAGAAUAAAUAUUUAAGAAAAGAGUAAGGGAAAGCAAAAAAAAACAUGUAUAUAAAAGUAUUUUUUUAUAUAAAAAUGAUAAUUAUAAAUAAAUUAUUAUUAUAUAGGUACAUACGCAUAAAAAAAUACAAUAAACAAAGAUUUUUAUACGCAAAUAUCUAAGUAAGGAAAAGUCUAUAUUUAAAAUAAGAACCAAGUUCGAUUCAAUUAUAAGUAUCUGAGAUCUAAAGAAGUUUACUUCAUAACAUCUUAUUCAAUUGCGAUAACAUGUUAUAACAUAUACAUAUUUACUAGCUUAUAAGACUACAUGUAUAAUAAUUUAAAUAUAGUAAGAUUCGCGGUAAUUCGAAUUUGCAAUUUAAGAAUUUUCACAAUAAUUUAUAAAUUUAUAAACAAAUUUUUAAGGAACACAAACAAUAAAAUUGAGUUUACGAGUAUUAAUUGUUUUACCGCAAUAAUGAUUAUUAAGGUAAAUAUAUACAUAUACUAUAAUUAAAGAUCACAAUUAACAGUAGCAAAAGGGAAUAUAAUAAAAAGAAAUUAAUUUUAUACAAGUUUUAAAUUCACAUUGCCAAGAGUUUAUUUAGAAAAAACUUAGAAAUAAAUAAGUAUAAAUUUUUAUAUUUACUUGUAUGCGAAAUUGUGUUCCAAAAAGUUAAAUUAUAACGAUAAUAGUCUUGGUAUUCAUACUUUUUUUAAGUAUCUAUAAAAAAUAUAUAAAAUUAUAAAUAAUUAAAAAAAUUUAACAUAAAAAUGAAAAUUAUGUAUAUCUAUGGUAUACCAACAUAGAUACUAUACAUUUUAUAUACAAAAUUUUCUGGUUAUAUAAAAAUAAAUAUUUUGAUUAUAAAAAUUCGAAAUUGCGUUCCCGGAUCAUUGCGAUUCUAUGCUAUAAUUAAAUGGUAAAUAUGUUUAAUAAAAUAAAUAGAGUUUGUUAUGUAUAUUUACAAUUGUUAUCACAAACACAUUUAAUACGUAAUUUGUAUGAAAAUUGCGCCCUCAUAAAAUAGAACAAACGUUUAUAUUUUCUGAAAGCGAGCAAAAACGUAUCAAACAUGAGCAAAUCACUUAUUCACAAAUAAAACUUUGGUUUUUCAGUUAAAGUUUCAUUUGAAGUUUUAUUUAAAGUUUAGAUAAGUUUGGUUUUUUGACUUUUUUUCAAUUUCGGGAAUAUGUAAAUCUUUGUUACAAAAGAAAAUGUUGUGCAUAUAAUAAUGCAAACGUAUACACGAUAUGUAUAAGAAUGACUUAAUAGGAAUCAUAUGUAAUUGGAUAAAAAAAUACAAAUUAUGCUGCAAAACUAAAUAGACAUAUAAUAUAAAAUACAUACAUACAUACAUAUACAUAUAUAUAUAUAUAUAUAUUUAUAAUAUUCUAAUUUUCAAGAAAAUAUUUAUUUGAAUAUUCUCUAAAAUAUAUAUUAAUAUUCCAUCCAUAUACAGUAUAUAUUUAAUAAAACAUAUUCAUAUACACACACAAAAAUAUAUAUAUAAAAAUAUAAUGUGUAGUAUAAACUUUAUGAACGGAAAACGGAAAUUGAGAGAAUUCUUUACAAUUGAUAAGGUUUGUUACACCAAGUUUAUUAUAUCUAACUAAGGGUUCUUUAAGUAACUUUAGAUAUUCUUUAGAUACUUUAGUUGAUUAGAUAUAAAAAAUAAACUAAAUUGAUGUUGAAAAAAAUUUUAAAUACAUAUUAUCCUAAUGCAAUUCUUAUGUGGGAAAAUGUGAACAAAAGUCUCAAUAAGAAAAUAUGAGCAUUUUCGAAAAAAUUGCUUUAGCGCAAGAGCGCGUACGUAUUGUAAAAUUUAUUUAUUUUAAGUCGCCAUUGAACUUGAAAUCUUGGUCUUUCUUUGAACUUGUAGUUUUUGAAAGCAAAUUUUAUUCAAAUAACUUGUAUAACGGAAAUUUUUUACAAUAUUAUAAUUAUGUAUAUUAAAUUUUGUUUAUCAUUUCAUUUCACAAAAAAAUAUUUUUAAAUAGAAAUUUAAAAUAUUGUGAAUUAUUACUAUAUAUUAUGUACAUUUUUUGUAAAUUUUAAAAAUGAAUUUCUUUAAUUUAGUUAUAAAUGUACUUAUAUUAUUGUAGUAAAUAUAUUAGAAAAAACUUAUAUAAAUAUAUCAGAAAUACUUUUGUUUGGUAUUUAAUGCUUGUAUAAAUUCUAUAUUGUUUCAAUUUUAUUAAUAAACAUAUUACGAAAAAACACUCCCAUAUAUAAGCAAAGAAUAUUCAAAAUUAUUGUAAUAUUGUAAAUUAAAACAAAAGAAAAUAUGUAAUAUAAAAAUGUUCAGAAAAAGUAAAAAAUCUAAUAUAAUGUCAGCUGAAGAUCGGUGCUUGUAACCUGUUUAAUUUGUUCCGUGUAAUAAUUAACAUGGAUUUCUUGAGGUGGUUUAUUUACAUUUAUUUGAAAAAAUUAAUAUUACAUAUGAAUACAUUCACACUCUGUUAUGUAUGUAUAGUAUGUAAUCUAGUUUAAUUGAUAAAUAAUAAUAUUGCUGUAAUAUAUAAACAUACAUAAAAGUUAAAAAGAAAUUUAACAUAAACUUAAAAUAAACUUAAAAUAAUAUUUUUAAUAUAUAAUUUUAUAGAAGACAUUAUGAAAUUCUAUAAUUAUAAAAAAUUAUACAAGAUUAUAAUUAAAUACAAAAAACCACCAUCAAAACAUUAUUGUUUAUUAUUUUAAAGCAACCAAUAUUAAUAAAUUAAUUUUUAGAGAAAAAUCUAAUAACGUAAAUUUACUGUUAACAUUUACCAUGGCCAAAUAAAACAGGUGAAAAAUUAACUUUAAUUUUAAGACUGUAAAAUAAGAAUAUAGUUGAAUAAGAUAAACUUAUAAAAUAGCAAUUAUAUUUUAAAUUAUAUAAACCAAUAUAUGUAUACAUAUAUAUACAGCAAAUUCCUAAACUAAUGUUAAGUACAUUCAA